AUUUAUUAUAAGUUCGGCCUGAGGUUGUUCCCUUCUUCCACCACCAGGGGGCGGCAGAGCUCCUAAACUCGCUCGGUGAGAUGAGUUCUGAACCGCCGAAUCAAACUAAAUUCUGAACUUUCGGGGCUGGACGCCAGUCAUGCGCAGAAGCCUUCGGAUCCAAACGGCGGAGAAUCAAAGUUUGGGGCGGAAGCUUUGAAGCCAAACAGCGGAUUCCAGUUCUCCUCCGCCGGACUCCUCACUGAUUGAUCGUCGGGAGCCUCCCGGAGGAAGCCCUCCUGCGUGGAGCGCGGGAGGGGGGGGUUGGUGUGUGUGGAACGAGGAGAGAAGGAGCAAGGCAGACCGCUCCGUGUUUGUGCGGGUCGCACAUGACGCGCGGGGAGAAGGCGCGUGGGCGGAUGAGGAAGUUCAGAUUGAUGGCUCUACUGUAAACGGCGCUCGCACGCGGCAAAGGGCGCGCGCGCAGGCUCUCUGUCCAGAAGUUUCCUGUGUGGAGCUGAGGUGGUCCGCGCGCGGGAAAAUGACAAUCAAGCUAGUGGUCACACUGCUCCUCGCGCUCGGUGCUCGUUGUGAUUUAUUGGAAUAUGGCGACGACGAGGAAGACCUCCACGACUCCACCGUCAGUCAGAUGCUGGCGCCCAGGUCGCACCAGGAGGACGCCACUAUGAUCCUCAACAACCUGCUGAGGGAGUACGACAAGACUCUGCGGCCAGACAUAGGAGAGAAACCGACCGUCAUCAACGUGGGCAUUUAUGUCAACAGCAUCGGGCCCGUGUCGUCCAUCGACAUGGAAUACCAGAUCGAUAUCAUCUUCGCACAGACCUGGGUGGACACACGCCUGCGGUACAAUAGCAGCAGCAUGCGGAUUCUAACCCUCAACAGCAAUAUGGUCGGCCUGAUCUGGCUGCCAGACACGAUAUUUAGGAAUUCCAAGAAUGCUGAUUCUCACUGGAUUACGACACCCAAUCAGCUGCUUCGCAUCUGGAACAAUGGGAAAAUACUUUACACGCUGAGGAUGACCAUCAACGCCGAAUGCCAGCUGCAGCUCCAUAAUUUCCCUAUGGAUGAACACUCCUGUCCUCUGGUCUUCUCCAGCUACGGGUACCCACGGGACGAGAUUAUCUACAAGUGGAAGAGAAACUCUGUGGAAACUUCGGACCAGAAAUACUGGAGACUGUAUCAGUUUGACUUCAUGGGGCUGAGAAACACAACCGACGUGCUCACAACCACAGCCGGAGACUAUGUGUUGAUGACGGUUUACUUUGACCUGAGCCGGAGGAUGGGUUACUUCACCAUCCAGACCUACAUCCCCUGUAUCCUGACUGUGGUUCUGUCCUGGGUGUCCUUCUGGAUCAAGAGUGAUGCCACACCAGCAAGAACAGCGCUAGGUAUCACCACAGUGCUGACCAUGACCACCCUGAGCACCGUGGCCAGGAACUCCCUCCCCAGGGUGUCCUACGUGACAGCCAUGGACCUGUUCGUCACCGUCUGCUUCCUGUUCGUCUUUGCCGCCAUGAUCGAGUACGCCAUGCUCAACUACUAUUCCUACAUUAUACGCAGACCCCCUCCUAGGAUGCAGAGAAUGGCCUACUCGUCGUUCCACACAGCCCGCAGUCCACGACCCAUGAUACCCAUGGGCAACUCCCUGUUCUGGCACGACUACGACGACAGCUGCCUGUACGAGUGCCUGGACGGGAAAGACUGCAAGAGCUUCUUCUGCUGUUACGAGGAGUGUAAAGAAGGCGGCUGGAGACGAGGACGAAUCCACGUCAACAUCCGCGAGCUGGAUUCUUACUCCCGGGUUUUCUUUCCCACGUCCUUCUUGCUCUUUAAUAUCGUCUACUGGGUCAGCUACCUCUACCUCUAGUCCGUUGGGGCUGUUAUGUGAUCGGUGGAAACAGCUCCUGCCAUUUUGCACUGCGGCUAGCGAUUUGAGGUGGAAGCGGAAACGAAUCGGAUCUGUGGGACUUUUUUGGGGAAGAACCCCACUAGUGGAGUGAUGAGACCACAACACUUUUGAGUUGCACUUUACAGCGUGUGGAUCGCUCGGCGGCGGGAUGACGAGUCGCCCCCCCCCUUGAAUCUCGGACACUGCAACUGGGGGGGCGGGGUUGCGAAGCUGAACCUUUGGCCAUUGAGACAGCAAAGCACCCAUAGUGCCUUCUUUAGAAAGGGUGCGGCACCAACAGACGCAGCUUCAGAGUUCCCUCCAUUAUAUCUUUAUUACCUCAUCCAUCGCAAGCCGCAUGUUGAGCUGAUCACUCCGUGACUAACCGAGCCCGGAUCACAGUUUAAACUGGGGACGUUCAAAACUCUACAUUUUUGUAGCACAUUAGUUUUAGUUGUUCCCUUUUAUUUAUAUUUCUUUACAAGCUAGUAAUGUUUUCUUGUUAUUCUGCUAAGAAUUAGUUGUGCUUUCCAGUCGCACAGGCAUUGGUUGUUAGUUGUUUAUUAUGGGUUAGAGUCGAAGCCAGUGGUUGUCUGGUAUAAACUUGUUUAUUGAGUCAGUGAGCUUUUCCUUCAUGAUGUUUUUUGAUCAAGUUUUCACAAAACAGCAAAAGGGGUCCGGGCGUUUAGAAGAUUACGAUCCAACACAACUGAAUCACAACUGCAUGAAUCCACCAAGCCUAACAGUAAUGAUGCUAAUCUCCUCCCCCAGUCCUAUUAUUAUGUAUGUUUCAGUACAUGAUUAAAGACCAGAACAGAUUAGAUCGUAGGGUAGUGCUGGUUUCUCCCUGAAAACAAAUAUAAAUAUUUAGUUUAAUAAGCUUUUAUCCUUUUUAUACAGAUUUUAAACUUUUAGAAAUUAUCUGUAGAUUACCCAAACUUAAAUUAAAAAAGUUUGACACAACCCUAAAUGAUUUCCAGAGACUUUAUUCAUCUCAGCCCACGCUUCGUUUUCUCUCCCCCUUUGUAAUUAUUUUUAAUGUGCAUUUCUGCAUUCAUAAAGAACCGUUUGAGUUUGGAAAAUAAGGAUGUUAAUUGGAAAGCUGAGGAAAAGAAUAUAAAAACAAACAGUUUUUACAUCUUUAGCGGUGUUCAUGUUUUAAAAUCUAAUUUUUACAAAAAAAAACAAGAAUUAAAGAAUCUAAAACUUGAAAACAACUAGAAAAGUUACAGAAAUUUAGUGCAACAAGAAGAAAAGCCACCCACUUAAAUUGCAGAAAUGAUGAAGAGCCUUGGACACAUUGUCUAGAUCAGGAGUCUGCAACCUUGAACACUAAAAGAGACAUUUGGGUCAGUUUCUUGACCAAACCCGAGCGAGAGCCGCAAAAUUCUACUUCAAUGUUCAGAAAAAACACACUUUUGUGACCAUUUAGACAUUAAUUUAUGAAAUCUUACAUUUAAAUAUGCAACAACUGAAUUAAAACAGUUGUUUUUCUGUUUAAUUUAACUUUUCAUUUUGACAACACUACAUACCUGUUCUUUUCAGAAUAAAAGACCAAAUGAAAUCCUUCAACUGCAUCAGAUUUACUUAAGGUAAAAACUGAUGUAUCUUCAUCAUUUUACUAUCACAUCUCAACAUGACAAUACUUGUUGGUUUAAUCCUAUACGUGAACUUGUCUCCGGCUAGCAACUAAACAGUUGUGCAACAGAAGAUCAGAACGCACUUUAAAUUUAUUCUAAUAAAGACAAAAAAAUACACUUUUAAUAUCAGUUUUCUGCAUUUUGGAGGGGUGGUACAGCACACAAGGCCUCUUGAUGUAUUGUAAUGUCUACAGUUGUACGAAAAAUGUUACUUUAUAAAUUUAAGACCACCUCACUUGAAAAAUCUAAUGAAUAAACCCAUUUAUACAAAUUGUUAGCAUUUUUCUUUAAAGGUAAAGAGCCACAAUGGAGGGAUAAAUAUGGCUCCGGAGCCUCAGGAUGCAGACUCCUGAUCUUGACCUUGAGUGUCACAUUACGUGCUUUUAUAUUCUUCUUUUACCUUAAGGGAUCGCCACAAUGAAUCCAACACAUUCUCAUCCCCAACUCGUCACAUAUUAACAUUUGGCUAAUGCCCCCUACGGGUCACUUUUUUACGUUUUAGGUGUCCCCAAGUCAUCAUUUUUUGAAAUGCUGACUGUACGUAAAAAUCAAGGGUUCAGAACCUUUGGGACGCUGUACCGGAUGUAGUACCGUCCUCGGGACACGUCCAGAAGCGGUACCCUAACCCAGUACCUAACCUUAACCCCUGAGUACUGGUUCAGUAUUGGUUCACACCCGGUACCACGUCUGGUCCGGUGUCUCGUUAGGGUACCAGUACUAGGUACUGGUUCUGGUUCGGAAGUUGGGGACCUGUGAUUUAAUGGGAACAGCCAGUUCGUCGAAAAAUAAUGAGUUGGGGACACCCAAUACUUCAAAAAGUAACCGAAUGUCAAUAUGUGACGACUUGGGAGUGAGAAUGUUUUGGUGAAUCAUAUGCCUCCAUCUAAGCUCACAUAACCACCUUUAUCUCCUGCGAUGUCCUUUCACCAACACCGUGUGUUCCUCCUCUCAAUGUGUCCAAACCAUCUCAACCUGCUUCCCUACGUUUAUCUCCAAAACAUCUGUUCUAUGAUGGAUUCAUCCCUGAUCCUAUCCAUCCUGGUAACUCCCAAAGAGAACCUCAACAUCUUUAUCUCUGAUACCUCUUGUCUCUCUCAUAGUCUCUAAACCAAUAACAUAGCAGCUCUGACCACAGUCACACCACUGUCUUCCAGCUUGUCCUGAACAUCUCCAAUGUUCUUCGUUGCCACUCAUUCCAACCUAGUUCUAGAUUUACAAAGACACAAUGCAACUCCUUCUGUCCUUCCAUCACAGGAACUUAACUAAACAAAAGGUCAUUAUAUUCUUUAAGAAUGCUUUUCAAAAGAGAAAUGAUACACAUUAGUAAGACAAUCACUUAUAAUUGCUUCGGUCCCCAUAAGAAUUCAUACUAAAAAAGAAAGACGGAAUUUGGUGUGACCACUGAAUCAGUUGGAUCAUUUAAUUCUCAGUAAACCUGAAACCCAGAGAGGAUCUGAAAACACCACCUGUGACUCCAUGGGAACCGUCUAAGAGUAUUUUUUUAGAAACCAAAUUUACCAAAUAUGUUUGAAAACCUGAUGAGGUCAUUUGAUGAAAGACCAAAUUUACUGGUGUCACCAUGAUACAAGCUCAGUAAAAUAUCUAACAAAUAUCAUGUAAUGGUGCUGGUGCCAUCCCUUCACAAUACAACUAAAACACUGGUGAUUCACAAAAGCCAAACAGUGAGACACUACAAUCAGUGAGAAAAACACUAAAUAUUCACAUACUAUAUAUGACUUUCUGAUUGCUUUUUUCCAGAUAAAAACUAACAAGUUCACAUUCAAAAGUACAAAUGAUGUGUAGUAAAACCAGUACAGUCUUAGUUUGACCAUUUUUACUUUUCAGGACAUUAAAUUCUUGAUUCACAUUCCCUUUCUACUGUUUCACCCUCAGAGAAAAAAAGAAAACACUGUGAUACUAAUUUGUGCUAGUAAGUCUUUUCAACGGUUUGUUAUAAAUUUGGUUUCCUUUAACCUACUAGUACAAGUUCCUUUCAAAAAUAUUUCCACCAAUAUUUAACCUUCAAAUAUUCAUUAAAAAAGUUCUAAAUCUUAACUUUAAAAAUAUCUAAACCCAAAUGAAGAGGUGGUGUGUGAAAAAACUGAAACCAAAAGUGUAAAGCUGCAAUCGACCUGUUUGCCCAACGGAUAGCAGUAAAACGGACUUUCCUGACUCAAAUCGUUGGGUAAAUGUCAUAAAGGAAAAUGCUGCUUCCUUUAUUGAAGUAGCUUCUUAGUUUGUUUGCUAAGUUUAUUCAGAUCAAAACAACGCAGAACUUUCUAUAAUGAGUUUGUCACCCUUAAGUGCAAUUAUAAAAUGAUCUGAGAGGCUCAAAAAGCCAAUACAGUCGCUUAAACAACACUAUUUACCUACCAAUAAUCUGACUUCUCCCUGACCUAGAGUCCUCAAGCCUUUUGAACCUGAGAAUCAAUACCCCUGUUUUACAUAAUCCAUCCUUUUUGGAAUUGUUUGCCUUUCUGAUUAUUAAACUGAACAAGAGUUUAUAGACACAUAUACCAAAAAAAACUACAUUCAUUCUGGGCUCGGCAAUGCGCGUUUGAGCAACUACUUUCAAUUAAAAGUCUAUGUAAACUUGUGUAUUCCACAUUCAAAACUGUCAGAUUGACGCAUCACUUCUUAUGUUUUUAAGUCAGUUUUGGGGCUCUACGUACAAAACACACCGCCACUGACUGCAUGACAAAAGUCAAAACAGUUGAACUUUGACCAGUCAGGGACGUGGCUUUGGUAGUGUUGUAUGAGUGUCCUUUUCAAGACACAGAAGUGCCAACCUUUUGAAAAUGAAUCAGGAGAAAUUGAUAAUUGCGGUUUGUGCCCAGCCGGAAUGAAAUGACACCAAGGCCAAAUUUGAAUUCUUCCCCUACAUUUAGCCCUCCAAACGGAGAGUCAUGGAAAAAUAGUGGUCAUGUCCGAAUCCUCUCCCAAUCACUAUAUAGUGCGUUCGCCAUGUUCUAGUGCUGUCCAAAUCUACUAAUUCCAAAAUCCAGAGCACUCAAAAUUUUCCAGAAGGCUUUGCGACAAACUAGUGUGCAUCGAUGCUCACUAGAGUACCGAGUAUUGACCACAAUGCGUUUAAAUGUAAUAUUUGAAUAAACGAUUCACAUUUUCACCAUCAGAACACAAUGGAGUCAUAAAUAAACAUUAUGAAUUGUUCGUAUUUAUUGGAAUUUCACUUUGUUAAAUCAGUGACAUCAUAUCUGGUGUUUAGAAAAAUGAAAGAAAAGUAGUGAGCAUCGUGUCCGAAUUACCUUUAAAAUCUAUAUAGUCUCGCACUAUAUAGUUUUUUAGUGGUUAGGGGGAGAAUUCGGACACAACAUCAACCUUGGUCAACAAAAGGUCAUGUUAAAACAAAAAGCGCAUCCACUUGAAAAAAAAGCACUUCUCCAUGACACACCACAUCGCAGCUCGCCCUACCGUUGAAGGGAUACAGAACCCGAAGUCUAUUCACUCUACCCUUUAAAAAACCUAUUUCAGACACCCCUUUCCCUUCAGAUGCCCCUACAACUGGAGGGGUAGGGAGAACCCGUAUAUAUAUAUAGUAAGAAUUCAGCCCAAGUCUUUCAUAUAUUGAAAUAUAUGGAAAUAGAGUUGCAAAACAAAAAGCCUGGAGGAAGAUUUCCACCACCAAAUUUGAGUACAUAUGUUAAAAGCACGUUCAAAAACCAAUUUUUAGUGCAUUCUUGAACGUGUCAUACAUGCCCUAAUGUGUUUGUUGUGUUAGUUUCAUUGAACCGUACUUUGUGGUUAAGCAUUCUUUUGCAAAGUUCAAUUUGAGUAUAAAUAAACAUGGCACUUGAGGUCACUUCAGAACAAACUCCGUAAACAACACAACAGCAAGACUUUGCUCUUUUUACAAAUCAGAAUCAUGGGGUGCACUUAGUUUUUCCACACACUACUUCAACAAUUUGAUACAUAAAUAAUGAGACGGUCAAAUGUUUGCAUUUAAAUCAAUAAAAGGCCAUUUUCCUCAUCUUGUUGACACGAACGACCAGUCGGCGUUCUCUAAGUGCUUAAAGGUGGUUUUAAACCUUAGAUCUAAAAGAAGGCGUACUUUUUUUGUAUUAUUACUUCACAUGACCACAUAUAUAUGGAAAGGAUAACCGCACACAAAUACACACUUGUGCAGGCGGAGCAAAGAGCAGUGUUGAAAAAUGGAUGAUACAGAGUUUUGAUGGGAUCCAACAUCCCACUUCACUACAUGUAAGAUUAAUGAGGGAGGGGGGGCAACCAACACUACAUGGAACAUGUUGGUUCACAGAUGUGUGGCGUUUUCACAGUCGUUUGGCCUUCAAACAGGGUUCCCGGACAACAACUUUUAUGUAUCCGAUUAUGGUUUCUACUUUCAUACAGUAAUGGAAUGUAUUUUAGGCCAGUACUAAAGCCAUCUGGUUUCAAUUCAGUCAGUUCAAGAUGCAAAAAUUAGGGUUUCCUCAAACUUUAAUCUGAGUUUCAUAGUCUCAAACAACAGAUUUAGUCACCGAUUAAUUCACGGAUUAUCUGGCUUGACGCUUCCGUCUAGAACUGACUGACUUGACCGGAGUUCGGCCCACACCGCGGUAACUUUUCCUCACCUCUGAUAUUUCUACUACACUUUAUAAGUGUCUUCGUGUAAUGAGAUACUUCAAUAAAAACAGGAAAAAAAACACUAUUUUCUACAUCUGGAUGGAAAUCUUCAGGAGUGUUUCAACUGACGGGGAUGUGGAUUUCUAAAGCCUCUUUGGAAUCAGAGUGCUAAUCCAAGAUCACCACAGCUAGAGGCGCCUUCAAAGACCGAGACCCUCCCACACACGCUAGUUUAGGUUGAGGAAAACAUCAGGCUGGUCACUCAGCGGGUUUUUGUUUUCUACGGUCAUUUUUGUUCUCUCUGGAAGACGUCCUUGUACACAUCAAACAAAUCCACCCUGAUCUUGGAUGAGUCCUCUUUUGUGAAAACAGGAUCUGGAGGCAUUUUCUAGUGUGUGAUAUAUUGCUUAUAUAAAUAAAUAAUGUUUUGGUCAAGUCC